AUGGCGAUGGUGCAAGAAUUGCAGGGUCAGUUGCAAUCUCACGAGAUGGACAUACGCGGAUAUUAUGAAGAACAACAACGCCUGAUAGCCAGAGAGGCUGAGGCAAAGCAGGAGCUGGUGGAGUCACGUCGAAGAGAAGCACGUAUCACGGAAGAAUGCCACGAGUGGAGGACGCUUGCGGAGACACGGCAACAGGAGCUGGCAGAGGCGCAAAGCUUCCUCGCGUCCCCAGACAAUAUCGCUGAGAGCGACAUUGUUCAAACCGUUCGUGCACUGGAUGCAGAGAUAUACCAAGCAGUCAAACGGACAGCAGAGGGAUGUCGCCUCAGAGGUGGCGAGGCCGAUGCGGCAGUCUUGGAGCGGAUGAACGUGUUAAUGGGGCCUACGAUGGCAGGAUUGCUUCAUGCCUUUCCGCCUCGGGAGGACGACCGGAUCAUCUUGGAGAUGGCUCUUCAGACCACAGUCACAACGUAUGUUGCCGGGGUUAUAUCUUCCUGGAUUCCGUCCUCUGGUAGCAGCACCAACCAAGCCAUCAGCUCCAUCUAUAGUCGCAUCCUUCGAUCAGAGUCACAAGCUGUGGCUGGUCGCUGGCGUACUCUGACCCGCAAGUAUGCCACGUCUAGCUCGGCGGUGGCCAAGGACCAGGAGACGCGACAUGUGCAACGUCUCAUGGAGGAUGCAACAACCAUCUUGAUGGUCGCUCGAGUAGUGUCUUGGGACGAGAGCGACCUACGGGGAACCUUCGAGAUCAUCGUGAAGGCCGCAAUGCAGAUGCGUAGGAUGAUUGGAGAAGACGUGGCUGGGAGCGAGUACGAGGUGUUCGUAGAGGAACAGGCGAAGCCCUUCCAACCAGAAGUGAUGAUCGACGAACACGCACCUCGGCGGAAGCGUCAGAACAGAGUCGGAAGGCCCGUCGUAUGUGCGUUGACACUAGGGCUUCGUCGCACGGAGAGAGACAACCGCAGCGGAUCGAGAGGACGCCUUGAAGUCAAAACGCUCGUCAAGCCGCAGGUGAUCCUAGACACGAUCGUUGAUGACCUGGGUUUGGUCGAUGAUACAAAGUGA